AGGGUGCGUCUCCACCCAGCUGCAGUGACCCACCCAGCCAGACGGAAGGAAGGAAGGAAGGAAGGAAAGGGGGAGAACGAGACACGGCGUAGGCAAUGGAGGCGAGGAAAGUCGGCGCCGGCGCCGGCACGCGCGCUCCGUACCUGCUGAUGAUCUGGGCGCUGGUCGCCGCCGAUCUGUUCGGCACAGGUUUCGCCCGGUCGGCCCUGGGGAUGGAGCAACGCGAGUUCGACUACUUCGCGCUGGCGCUGCAGUGGCCGGGCACCAUCUGCUCCUCCACCCGCCACUGCUGCGCCGCCAACGGCUGCUGCCGGUCGGAGCCGCUCCACACGUUCACAAUCCACGGGCUGUGGCCGGACUACGAUGACGGGACAUGGCCGUCGUGCUGCCGCCACACCAACUUCGACAUGGACAAGAUAUCGCCUCUGAUGCCGAUUCUGGAGAAGUAUUGGCCGUCCCUCUACUGCUCAUCCUCUUCCACUUGCUUCAGUGGCAGGGGGCCCUUCUGGGCUCAUGAGUGGGAGAAGCAUGGAACAUGCUCAUCCCCUGUUGUUCAGGAGGAAUUACAGUACUUUUCCACCGCCCUUGAUCUCUACUUCAAAUAUAACGUUAUGGAAAUGCUGGCGAGUGGAGAUAUCCAGAUUUCAGAUGAUAAGAAAUACCCACUGCGUGAUGUCAUCGAUACCAUCAAAGAUGCUUUUGGGGCCUCACCGCAGAUUAUUUGCAAGAAAGGGUCAAUUGAAGAACUAAGGUUAUGCUUCACUAAAGAUUUGGAGCCUCGCGAUUGCCUUACUACUUCUGCAAUGUCCAAAACCUUAACGAAAGAGAAGCAUUGCCCUCGGUACAUCACCCUGCCAACAUAUGAUCCCAUUGUGUUCUCCAAUUCGACGGGAGAGGUCUUCACAGAGGCCAACAACAAUGGUAUUUAUAUUUAUACAGCAUAAGGUACAAUUACCGCAACUGAGCAUUCCAUGGCUUCGAGGAGGCACAUUUCUUCAGGGCUAUGUCUGCUUGCAAGACACUAGCCACAGCCACAGGUGCUGGGCACUGAGAUCCUGGUGAAUUGGGUCUGUGGUUUAUUCAACUAUUUGUAAAAGACAACAAUCCAUGUUAGAACAACAGGGAGUAGUGGAUAACUUAACGUAUGAAUCUAUGUACAUCUACACAUUCUGUAGCUGGGGAGCAAUACCCUUUGUACUUCAUUGAUUGCUGAAGGAUAGGUCUGCCACUGUUUUAAA